ACCGCAAUUUUCGAUCGAAGGCCAAGGUUAACUGGAAAAACGGAGCGAGUCAGAAGACGCGAACUAGAAACGAUGCACGAGCGACCGAAUUCGAUGCACAAAAGCGUCAACCAUCCUGAAUGGCACGCGGACCGUAGAAGACGAGAGAAAGUAUCCGCGUGGUUCGAUGCGAGAUUCCGUGGCUUCCGUCACGGAGGCAAAGAGAAAGACUCACGACCCGACACGCGUACAAAGACUCUUAAUUCGGUUCCCUUUAUGGCGAACGUUGGAACGAUUCCAUAAUGAUGCAGUUCUGUUUGGAGAAAUUAGAUUUUACCGGGCAACGAAACGGACGAAAAUAUUUUGCAAAUGAUCGGACAAACGAAAAUAACUAGAAAAUACGAGAUUACAAACGAAAUCUUAGCGAGAUACGUAUAACGAUCUGGCUGUGCUCCCUUUCUCUCUCUCUCUCUCUCUCUCUCUCUCUCUCGCUCUCUCUCUCUCUCUCUCUCUCUCUCUCGCUCUCUAUCUCUCUCACUUGGAAAGUACACGUAUAAUUUUCCUACAUUUAAAAAUAUUUAUAAUUUGUAUUAUUCGUAUAUUGCUGUACUUAAUUAGCCUUAAUUACGAGCUUAUCGGUUUCGUACCACUUUGAAAAACUUUCCAUUAUUUCUGACGGCUUGGGAUGGCUUUUGUCAGAUACGUAGGUACAUUCUUUAGUUAAUAUACCGCACUUUCGGUAUUGUUUUAAAUCGAUGGAAUGGGUCCAAGUGUAUUUUUGUGACUUUAAUAAAGAAUUAAAUAAAUCAAAAUAUUUUCCCUUCGCUAUGUAUUAAAAGUUUCUUUGUGCUCGUAAUUCGCGAUAGCUGAGCCUCGACAUUCCGAAGCUCUUCUCAUAUUUCUUUCCUCUCAUCUAUAUAUCAUAGAACAAAUUUUCUUAAGAUACGGUUCACACGCUCAGAGAUUAGAUGGAAGGAGAAUAAAUGAAAAUGGAAAAGAGCCGUAGAUAGAUUAGCGAACAAAAGGAAAAAAGGGCGAUCGCGUAAUCUAGAUGGAGAAGCGCAGCGGAAAAGACCGGCCACGCAAACCAGCGAACAAACGGUACGGGCUCAGGACGUGAUUUCAGGAGGCCUCGGGAAAGGAGGCGCCUCUCGCCACGUUUGGUUUUCACUCUCGGCACUCGGUGUUCGAGUCAGUGCCGCUGGUGCUGUGUUUUCUCGCUGCCAUUUGCCGGCACACGUUCGUCGUAUACACGAAUCGCCAAGCGUUUUAAACUUUUCCGCGUGCACAAGCUCGGAAGCUUGCUCGAGAAAGCUGGUGGUGUCAUGAAAAAGUGCAACACGUAGAACGAGGACGAACAAAUGUGACCGUAUAAAAUAUCCGGGCAAUCGACAUUGACAAAAUGGUUUAAAACGGUUGAAAAGUUAUUUACAAUAGUGGUCGCUACUUGUAAUAGUGAAUGUUAAAAAGUUUAAAUUUACAGCGAUUGGAAUGUCGUGAUUGAACGUUAUUCGAAUACGUAAUAUAUGAAAAAGGAAGGAACGAAGAUAUUAUACUUUCCACAGUGGCAAAUAUGUUUUAACGAAACAAGGAAAAAAGGGAACAGCAUAAAUUUAUUUGUUCGGAAAUUCAAUCCAAUUACGAUAACCGGUAUGAUAAAUGACACGUUCGCGGCUAUUAACGAAGAGUUAUUUAAACAAUUUGCUUUUAAUUGGAAGUAAUCUUAUAUUUCUGCUUAUUAGCAACCUCUGUAUAAUUUAAUAUUCCGUUCGUUAUUCGAAUAAAUAUUCAUAUGAUUUUCUAACUGAUAAUUAUUUGGCGCGCGCAAUUUUUUUCAUCCGUUUCGUGAUCGUUACAAUGAUAGAAACUAGUAUAGACUAUGUUGCGUCGGGCAACACUCUACGUAAACCAGGCCACACACCGCGGGCGAGAUGACAGCUAGAUUUUUUUUUUGUGUUUUUAUUUAUUUAUUAAAAUUACAAUCAAUUCUCGCGGACAGCUAGAUGUCUUCGGAUCCUUACUGCGUACCCUUCGUAAAUCUCAGGAAUUUCCUAGUCGAGAUCCUCCGAACCGAACAGAUAUUCUUUCGCUGAAUUGUUUCCUAAAGUUUAUUGUCCACCACGGGUUGACACGGGAAAGUUGCCUUUUCUCACGUAUGAAGGCCUUCCACUAGCAACUUUAUCUCGAGAGCGAUUAGCAUCCUUUCUCACCCACCACUAUAGCAAAUAACCAAGUAACAACGAAGCCUAUUUCUCUCGCUCUCUUAGCCAAAAUCGUCACCAACAAAUCCGAUGAUCCGUUAGACACAGCCAUCCUUAGUUUUCCUCCGCCACAGCAUCAUCACCGAACUUUACUGAUUUUCCAUCUUUCAAACAGUCAACAUCGUGCUUGCACCGUUGGCGUGCUUCCUCGCGAUCGCGUCUCUCCGCGAGUGGUCGAAACAGACUACUACAAUUAAAUUUUGUAAAUUCUAGAUAAUUUGGCGUUCGUGGAAGUUUCGAGCGCCACAUCAGUCUCGCCGAAUAGACGUGGUUCUCACGAGGUGGAAUUAAGUGGAAAUGGCAAUAGGGGUAACUACUUUGCUAGGUACUGCAUCGGUCCUCGGAUUCAGCCUGAUUCCUCUCCUAGCGAUCGGCUUCUCCGUAUUUCGCUACAACCAAGUGGAUCCAGAAUCUCAUCCGACCGAUACCCACCAGCUUCUACGAAUGUACGAUUUCAUAGUGAUCGGUGGAGGAAGCGCGGGUGCGGUGAUAGCAUCGAGAUUGUCAGAGGUAUCGAAUUGGACUGUGUUGCUCGUGGAAGCGGGCGGUGACGAAAAUGAAAUUUCGGACGUCCCCGUAUUGGCUGCGUAUAGUCAGUUCUCGGAAAUGGAUUGGAAAUACCAAACUUCGCCACCGACCGUUUCGGCUUAUUGCCUCGCCAUGAUCGGCGAUAGAUGCAACUGGCCACGUGGAAAGGUGCUUGGUGGCAGCAGCGUGUUGAACGCCAUGAUUUAUGUCCGGGGUAAUCGCCGUGACUACGACAAUUGGGCCAGACUGGGCAACGUCGGCUGGAGUUACGACGAGGUUCUGCCGUACUUCCUGAAAUCCGAGGACAACCGCAAUCCCUACCUCGCAAGGACGCCCUAUCAUGCCAUGGGUGGUUACCUGACCGUGCAAGAGUCUCCGUGGAGAACACCGUUAUCGAUCGCGUUUUUGCAAGCUGGUCAGGAGCUUGGCUAUGAGAAUCGAGACAUAAACGGCGCGCGUCAGACCGGUUUCAUGUUAACCCAGUCAACGAUACGUCGAGGCAGUCGUUGCUCCACCGCGAAAGCGUUCUUGAGACCGGUGAAGCACAGGCAGAAUCUCCAUAUAGCGAUGAACUCGCAAGCGUUGAGGGUGGUGUUCAACGACGACAAGAGAGCCACCGGUAUCGAGAUCCUUAGGGGUGGUCGUCAGCAAGUAAUAAGAGUCAGACGGGAGAUCGUUUUAUCGGCUGGCACGAUCAACUCGGCCCAACUGCUGAUGUUAUCCGGAAUCGGGCCUAGAGAACACUUGGCGGAGUUCGAUAUACCCGUGAUAUCGGAUUUGAGAGUCGGCGACAAUCUUCAGGACCAUGUGGGUCUUGGUGGACUGACGUUCGUAGUCAACGAACCAAUCAGCCUCAAGAAGGACCGUUAUCAAACCAUUCCCGUGAUGCUGGAGUACGUUCUAAACGAAAGGGGUCCGAUGACCAAUCCCGGAAUAGAAGGAUUGGCCUUCGUCAACACCAGAUACGCGAACAAAUCGGACGACUAUCCCGAUGUUCAGUUCCAUUUCGGCCCAAGUUCUGUCAAUUCCGACGGUGGAGAUCAGAUUAAGAAGAUCUUAGGUCUGCGAGAUAGAGUGUACAAUACCAUGUACAAACCGCUGACUCACGCUGAAACAUGGUCCAUUCUGCCGCUUCUAUUGAGACCCAGAAGUUCCGGUUGGCUGCGCUUAAAGAGCAAGAACCCAUUAGUAUAUCCAGAUAUUAAUCCGAAUUAUUUCACCCACAAAGAGGACAUGGACGUUCUUAUCGAUGGCAUAAGGAUCGCGUUACAGUUAUCCAACACGACGGCCUUUCAGAGAUUCGGUUCCAGGCCACACACUAUCCGUAUGCCUGGAUGCCACAGGUAUCUAUUCGACACUUACGAUUAUUGGGAAUGCGCGAUUCGACAUUUCACUUUUACGAUUUAUCAUCCCACCGGAACCUGCAAAAUGGGUCCAAAGAGCGACUCUACGGCUGUCGUGGAUCCGAGAUUAAGAGUGUACGGGGUGAAAGGGUUGAGAGUGGCAGACGCGUCGAUCAUGCCCACGAUCGUCAGUGGAAAUCCGAACGCUCCUACUAUUAUGAUCGGUGAAAAGGCAAGCGAUAUCAUCAAGGAGGACUGGAUGUACAAGAGAGAACGAUACGUGGGAAGGUAGUCAACGCAGGAAGGAUCAACGACCCUUUGAAACGAUUUCCGUUGUUUAAAAUGCUUAGAACGUGAAAACGCGAUUAACGGAGUAACGCUUCGGAAC